CACCAACAAUCGACGACACAUCUGAUUAUGCUAUCGAAACGCGUUUUGUGCGGCGCACGUUGUGAGUUUUAAUUUUGUAGUAGAAAAUAAAUACGACCAUGUCAACGGAAAACAGUAGAAAACGUAAAAGACCAAAGAAGAAAGGAAGUCGGUUUAUGCGAAAUGCCAAGGGAUUCGCCAAGAAGGGUAUUUUCGGUCGUGGAACAAAUAUUGACGAUGAGCAGUUUAGUUAUUUCAUAAACAUCUUGGAUGCUAUGAAGUCUGGUCUCGAAGAUGUGGAGGACCGAGUUAACAUGGCUAAUAACGUGUUCGACCAGACAAAGGACCAGGAAAUUCAUUUAGCAUCCAAUCAAGUAGUCUCCAAGGCUCUUGAGUCUCUAAUUGGAUUUGUGGACGCUGCACAACUUGAACGAUUCUUUAUGAAAUUUGGUGACAGUCUGCGUCCCAUGUGCUCCGACCGUUUUGCGUCGCAUGUGCUGCAAAAAAUGCUGGAAAUAGCAUUUCUUCGAGGAUUAGGACAGGCGGCAGCGCAGAAUUCGUUUGAAUCAGACGCUGCCCCCGAAAUCAAAAAAGCGAAACCCGAUUCUGCACAAAUCGAGGAGGAGUAUAAUCUGGAGACCGAGUUCAGUGCUGAACAUCGUGAUCAGUGUCGUCAAUUUGUGCUUCGCAUCUCGAAAUUCAUGCUUAACAAUCUGGAAGACUUUGUAUGGGACUCGUGCGCCACACAUAUUAUGCGAGCGGCCAUACUCCACUUGGUUGGCAUUCAUGUGCCUAAAAUAGCGUUCGAGAAGGGCGGCGCGGAUCUGGUCAAGCAUCGAAAACUUUACACAGUGCCAGAGGAAUGGCAUGAGGUCAUGAAAGAGUUCCCGCAGCGUCUGGAAAUGUGGCCACAGUUUGUGGACUUUCCGUACGAGGCUCACACCUCUGCCCUACUGGGAGUUAUAUGCCAAUCGCUAAGGGUCGUGGAUAAGAGCAUGUUAAAGCAUUUCGGCAAAAAAAUAUUAAUGGAGAGUUUUCUCAAGCCAAACGAUGAAACCAUUACUGAGGAUAAAGAUGUGCUAAAGUACGUUAAAAUUGAAAUAGAUGAUGAUGACAAUGAUAAUGAAAAGGCAUUACGAUUAGAAAGUAAAGCUGACAAUGCUGAAACUCAGCCUGAAGCGAAUGUGGUCUUACCAAAAGUCUUCCAUUACCAGUGCGCAUCGAUGCUGCUUGAGACACUUGUGUCUGUGGCAGGUGCGAAGCUGCUGACUCAGCUUUUUGCUAUGCUCUUCAGCGGUCGUAUAGCUCAUCUGGCACAGCAACAUCAAACCAAUUUUGCUGUGCAACGUCUGCUACAGCAUUUGAAGGAGGUGUCCGACUUUGAGUCCGCUUUUAAUGAGCUCCUGCCGCAUAUAGAACAGCUGCUUAAGAUGGGCAUGACUGGCGUAAUAUAUGCCUUAAGCGGCGCCUGUCUGCGGCUGGGUGCCAAGCAGGCACAAAUGAUUACCGCACUUCAGACCAAUUUGCAUGUGGCAGGCGACAAAGAGAAGUCAAAGAUGUUCUUCCACUGCCUCGUUAAGCUGAAGCCCUACGAAAUUGCUGUCAGCGAUCAGUCGGGCUUUGUGCAUUUGCAUGGUUCAGUGAUAGUACAGCAUCUGCUGCAGUUCAACAAGCCCAUCCUCCUAGUCAACUGCAUUCUGGAGUCGCCUGCUGUGCAGCUGGUUCAAGUGCUCAACACGCCAAAUGGCUCACACAUUGUCGAUGCGUUCAUGCAGAGCAAAUAUAUUGGCGAGAAAUCACGAGAGCGUCUUAUACGGCAGUUGGAAGGCUUCUAUGUGGAUUUGGCCACCACUCGGCAUGGAUCACGCGUUUUGGAUCAGUGUUUCAAGGCAGCACAAGAAUCCCAAAAGCUACGUAUUGCUAAGGAACUGACCUCUAGGGCCAACAUGACUAAAGGCUCACAAUAUGGUCUAAUAAUGUACAACAAAUACCGUUUAGAUACCUUCAAAUUAUCGCCCACUCAGUGGCUGGUCAGCAUGGGUAAACAGGCCGAGGAGGAGAAAAAACCAGAAAAGCCACAGAAACGAACAGCAACCGAACUGUUCAAGGAUAUACUUAGCUAGAAUGUUAGAUUCCGAUUUUUAAACUCUUUAGUAUAUACGAAAUUAAUAAAUCUUAAUUCACUAUGAAGC